AAUUGAUUAUUUUUGCAGGUCGAGAGAGAGAGAGAAAGAGAAGAAGAAAGAACUGACGAAGACUGAGAAGACGAAAGAGAAAACAAGAUCGGAAGCGAAAUUUGACAGAGAGAUAAUAUAAUAGACAGAGACAGAGAGAGAGAAUGAUGGAAGCAGCUGUAUUGUUAGGCUAAACAAGAUCAUUUUUUUUGUUUCUUCAUAAAUCCUUCUUCUUCUUCUUCUUUCCUCUCUCAAUCUAAUCUCUUCUCUCGCUUUUUGAAGCAAAAGUUUCUAAAUUGGUGAAUUUGGGUUUGUAGAAAAUGGAUAAACGUUUGGAUUCGAGGAAUCAUGUGGUGGAAGAAAUCAUGAGAAUCCAUAGAUCUUUACCGUCUAGACCAGAGAUCGACGAUAUCGAAGCUGCAACUUCUUUGAUACAGAACGUCGAAAAAGACGAUCGGAAUCGCUUGGAAGCCAUUGAUAAACAGAUUAAAAGCCCCGAGGUUCCUCAAGAGCUUUUCGACGUGUUGCAAGAGAUGAAGAGAGGCCUUGUUCGUUUCCACAGCAAAGAACAGAAGAGAGAAGCCACGAAACUACUCGAUCUGGAAUCUGUACACGUUGUGUUCGACGAUUUGAUUCAGAGAGCUUCCCAAUGCAUUGCUUCUUCUCCGCCUUCCUCCAAUGGCUCCACUGCUAUAUCUCGCUCGGUUGUUUCUUCUGAUUCUCCGGCGAGCUUGUAUCAUUCCGAUCAGGCUCCUGUCAAGUCCAAGGACAUGUUCACGCGCGACGAUACGUUUGUGACGAAACCCAAAUCUUCCUUUUACAGCGACGGGUUUUUAGCUCCUCGCAAGCCUCAGAUUUUGGAUUCAACACUUCAGGUUAAGAAAGUCGCCGGCAAUGAUAGUGAGAAAAUGAGUCUCAUAAAACUUGCUAGUUUGAUUGAAGUAUCAGCCAAGAAAGCUACUCAGGAGCUAAAUCUGCAGCACAAACUGAUGGAUCAGCUCGAAUGGCUUCCAGAUUCUAUAGGCAAGUUAUCGAGUCUCGUUAGGCUAGAUCUGUCUGAGAAUUGCAUCAUGGUUUUACCGGAAACCAUAGGAGGGCUUGUUUCCUUGACGAGGCUCGAUUUGCAUUCGAAUAGAAUUGGUCAGCUCCCUGAAUCUAUAGGAGAUUUGCUGAACUUGGUCAACCUAAAUCUCAGUGGAAAUCAGUUAUCAUCUCUGCCAUCAGCAGUUAGUAGAUUGACAAACCUCGAGGAACUUGAUUUGAGCUCUAACAGCCUCUCUAUACUCCCUGAAUCCAUCGGUUCUCUCGUGAGCCUCAAGAAGCUCGAUGUGGAAACAAAUAAUAUCGAAGAGAUUCCGCAUAGUAUCUCAGGUUGUUCUUCUCUGAAGGAGCUACGUGCAGAUUACAACAGACUUAAAGCUCUUCCGGAAGCUGUUGGGAAGAUAACCACCUUAGAGAUUUUGACCGUCCGCUACAAUAACAUUCGGCAGUUACCUACAACAAUGUCCUCCAUGGCUAACCUCAAAGAGCUAGAUGUGAGUUUCAACGAGCUUGAGUCAGUACCAGAGAGCUUAUGUUAUGCCACAACGCUUGUUAAGCUGAACAUUGGGAACAAUUUCGCCAACCUGAGAUCACUCCCGGGGUUAAUAGGCAACCUUGAGAAGCUAGAAGAGAUGGAUAUGAGCAAUAACCAGAUCCGUUUCCUUCCCUACUCGUUCAAAGAGCUUUCACAGCUGCGUGUUCUUAACACACAGCAAAAUCCACUUGAAGAACUUCCAAGGGAGAUAACCGAAAAGGGCGCUCAGGCCGUAGUUCAAUUCAUGAAUGAUCUCGUGGAGGCAAGAAAUACCAAAUCUCAAAGAACUAAGCCAAAGAAGAGCUGGGUCAACAGUAUCUGCUUCUUCUGCAAGUCCACCAACUAGACAACACAGAGAAACAUGAAGCAUCUUUCAUUUGCAUGUUUCAGGCAAUUCUGUUAUAACCGUUGGCAGGACAGAAGAAUCCAGCGGUCUCCACGACAGUUCACAAUUCAUUCUUUAUUCACAAUCACAUAUUCUUCAGACAGUUUCAUAUCACUCUUCCACGACCGUAUACUUGUCUUUGUUCAUACCUCGAUUAUAGGACUGUAUCCGGAGGAAAAUGUAACUCAAUUUGUUAAUCUCAAAGUGAUUGUAUUCUUUGUUUCUCUUGAUGCAACUUUCUGCUUUUUGGUGGCUGAAAUGUAAUUC